AUGAUGGUUAGAUUAAAAUACUCAAAUAGAAGCAUUUUAUAAUUAUAUACAUAAGGUAUAAUUUAAUAAAUAGAAUUCCUCUAACUCAAAAAGAGUAUUUCAUUAUAUCUCUUCUAUUCUAUUGUAUUUAAAGUGAAGGAUAUCAAGUAUAUCGAGGGUGGUUUUGAGUUCGUAAUAUAAAAUGAUUUAGAUAAAGAAGUGUUUUUCAUUCUUGUACAUUAAUCUAAAUACCUGUUCAGAAUGUAUCAGAGGUAAUUAUUUAAUUUAAUGUUCUUUUCACAUUUAACACCACAUACAGUGGCAUCGCUUUAAGGCACAAGAAUUUAGCAGCUCAAUCCAGCAAAAGACUCCAGUGGUUUAGCAAUAGCGAAUGUAUGCUUCAGCGAAGGCGUUCAUUAUUGGGAAAUCGUAUGCCCUUUUAAUACGGAUGGAGUGAAAGUAAGGCGUAGUCCUAAUUGCAGAUUGGCAUAUCCAAAUAGUAAUCUCCAAGCGAAAACUUUGAGGGACACCUAUUCGAAUUUAAAACGACAACACAGAGAGUGGUGGGUGUGCUUCUCAAUUUCAACGAGUAAUCACUGUAAUUCUACUUGAAUGGCAAUCUGAGCACUAACAAAGGCAUACCAAAGGGCAGUCUGAUAUCAUGUCCUUGGUACCCUUGUGUUAGAUUAUCGCAAUUUGGCAAUUCGGUGUAUUUGACAAUGAAGUAUGAGGAUCGCAGUGUCGUAGAGCAUUGCGAAUAAGUUUACCUUGAGACCUAGCAAACGUAGCAUUCGAAUCCCUUCUUCAUGAUUAAUAAGUAUCCUUAAUAUGAUAUAGAUAGAAAUGAAAUUCAUCAAUUGCAAGAUCGAUUAGUGUCAGUUCGAAAUUGUCCUUUGGUUGGAUAACAGAUUCCUAGGGCAGAGUUAGAUGUACUAAUAAAGAUGAAGUUGGUGAUCUGCAAUUAUCAUGACCAGAACGAGAUAGUAUAUUUAAUUUUGAAUGAAGAAACAUCACAAAAACUUAAAAGGGUAAGACAAUAUUUAAAACAUCAUGUGAGAAAGUUGAAGGAGAAAUUUGAGAGUAAACCAUAGGAGAAGGAAAAAGAUUAAUUGUUGCAGGAGAUCACAUAGAUGUUGCCGAAUAACGAGGAAAUAGUGUAGGAAGAAAAAAAGGAUGAAUUUGAAUACAAAUAUUCAAUAGAGCAAUGCAGAAUAGCUGAUAGGAUAAUUGUUUAAUUGAUAGAAUAAUUUGAAGAGGUCCGAAGCAUCGAAUCUGCUAAGAUGAGAUUGUAAACAUUUGCUGAUCAUCCUGCUACAGAAAAUCCAUUUAAAGUUGUUGAAUAUGGAAAAUACUUACAACCAGGUUCAGGAGUCAAAUAUGCAUAUUGUGAUGAUGAAAUCAACAACAAUGGAACCAAGCAUUCAAAACUAAUAUUGCGAAGUGAAAUAGCUGCACAAGGCUAAAUAAUCCCAUGCAAAAGUGAUCGAUAUUUCUCAUUGAGAAACCAAGAUAAAAUAACCAUAUACAAUGGAGAAGCAGAACUUUUUAAAGUCAUUGAAGUAGAUUUGAGACAAUUGGGACCAUAUCAAAAAAAUAUCAAGAAAAUAGAAGGCCAAUAAGAGGAAACACCCAGUCACAUUUAUAAAAUAUUGGAGAGCUAUAUUAUUGGGGAAACUGAACAAUUGCCAUUAUAUGAUUAAACAAUCCUUGAGAAGUUGAUUAGAAUGGGUUUUGAAGAAUCAGAUUGCAAAGAGGCACUCAUACAAACAAAUAACAAUUUUGAUAAAGCACUUGACAUUGUAAGUAGAACCACUGGAGAAUGGCAAUGUAAAUUCUGUACUUUGGUUAAUAAAGAAACCAAUCAAAUUUGUGAGGCUUGCGAUGGUCCAAGACCUGAUGAGUCAUAGGAAGAAGAAUUUAUUAUCAAAUAACCAUAACAAAUUUAAUAGGAUUUAGUGGAAGUGGAUUAGAAGGAAGAGAUUCAUUAGGAUAUUAAGGAUAAAAUUACUGAAAGUACUGUUAAUUAUGUAUCAGUUAUUCAUUGGGAUAGUAAUAAUGCUACAUUUCCAAUUUUAGUAGCAAGUGUUCAUAAUAAAAAUGUAUUCUCUAUUAAAUUCAUAUCAUAUUCAUAAAAUUAUUUGGAUCAAUUUUUUAUUAAUGAGGAUGGUUAUUAUUGUGUAUUAACAAAUUGUUGGAGCAAAGACAAGGAUUACUCAUUAUUAUUACAAUCUGAAACUAGUAGAUAAAUUGUUGAAACUCUGGCUCCUUUGUAUAGCAAACAUUCUUAGAAAUUAGAGAUGAAUCUAGUUGAUCAUAAGGCAAUUCAAUUAGAAUAUGAGAUUAAAGCUAUUGACAGUGCUAUUUGGAAUAAUAGACUCUAUGUUUUUUUGAUGGGUGACUAAGCAUUAGGCAUUUAUGAAAUCACUUAAAACUCUUAAAUUGAACUUUAGAAAUAGAUCUUCAUCGGAUCUGAUUACAAUCUACUCAUUUCCAAAACCAAAUGUCUAAUUUAUAGUCAGUAAAAAAAUUUGAUUAUCAAUUCUCAAUUAAAUGUCUCUGAAAUAUAAGAACCAAUUUCAAAAGCUUACAUUAGAGAUAAUAUCAUUUGCUAUGAAAGCAACACUCAACACAAAUAAAUUGAAGACAACUCUGAAAUCUUAGAGAAUAAUGUCAUUAAAAGUGAAGAAGUGUAGAUCUUCUAAACUGUUACUGAUGAUGUUCACAGUUAGAAAUUCUAAAUUGAUGAAAAUUACACUCACAUCCACGUCAAAGCUGUUUUUGAAGGACCCAUUGAAGAACCCAAAUAAAUUCCAUUAAUGAACAGUCCAUUAACAGUGAGUGAUCCUUAAAAAUUACCUUUGACUGUCCAUUCAUUUAAAGGUGCCUCCUUUAAUGAUUAAACAUUUGUUACUUAAAUGCUCUUUGAUAGUAAUAAACCCUUCUCUAGCAAUUAUCCAAAUACUUCAUUUAUAUUCCGAAGUUAAUUUGAUGAAGUUAUGCUUGUGGAUCAUGUCAGAAUUAAAAGUGAGAUCACCAAUGUUUUCAGAGGAUUCCCUAUUGGAGCUGGAUUGAUCUUUUGUUCAAAAGAAGAACAUGAGUUGAAUGACACCUCAGAAUUUGAUUAUUUUGAUAAGCAACAAUAUGAAAAAUGGAAAUCAACUCAUUAAAGUCUCUUUGCAAAUGAACCAGUAGGGUACUUUGAAUUUGAAGCUGAUUCAAAGGAGACUCUAUGCAAAUUAGAAGUUAUACGACCAUGCAAAUAUAUUAUGCUUAAACCAACUAACUUUAGAAAAACACCACAUGAUCAUACAGCACAUAUUUAAACCAACUCCAUUGAAAUCAAAGGCUUUGCUGCUUAUGGAAUAGAAAUUCCCAAGAGUUAAAUUGACAAUUCAACUUUUGGCACUAUCUCAGAUUGCUAAUUAUUAACCUAACUUAGAAAACGAAUUGAUCUACCUGAUAAAUUGCUUGUUUAAUGUAAAUAUUAAGGAAUGAAUGGAUGCCCAAGCAAUGGCGUUAUUGAAUUUGACACUGUAUUUUAAGGAGAAUUUAUUAUUAAACCAUAUGAAGACUAACAAUAUAAAUUAUUAAAGGUGACAGUGACAGGGAAGAAAUAUAAUUGUUUAUAUAUAAAUCAAUUAGAUAACCUAAUAGAAGAGGUAUAUCAGAACAAACCAGGGGCUUUGAGUGUUCUUAAUUUAUUCAUGAAAAAAGAAUCCAAAAAAGUAUUAGAGACUAUUAAUUUAUCUAAAUUCAUCCUUGGAAAUGUAUUGUCUUAGAAUGUAACUGAAUAAGUUACAGAAUUCUUCAGAUAACUAUAAUAACACGAUGAAUUCCAUGACAUUUUAUUAUAAGUGGCACAAGAGAUAUUAAAUAAGAUUGAAAAAGUAGUUUUGACAGAAACUGGUUUAGAAUACUUUUUAGGAUUAUUAACUUACACAGCCAAGUUUAAAACACAAGAAAUCACAGAUCUGGCUAUUAAAUCAUUAUUAGUUGCUUUACAAAAGUUGAAAACAAUUGAACACAAAGAUAUGUUCUUAUUUUCAACCAAAUAUGGAGGUCCUUAAGGAUAAGUCCAAAUCUAAGAAAUCGAUGAAAACUAGGUCGAGUAGAAUGGCAAUUAGAAAACAUUGAUAUGCUAAAAGGACCCUCUGUCUUAGAUUCUAAUUAUGCAACUCUCAAAUAAGUAAUAGAUUAGGAGAUUUGAAGUCAAUCUUCUUGGAGAAUUUGAAAUUGAGAAAUUGUCCUUGAGAUUCCAAUAGACAUCCAACUCAGUCAAAUUUAGAGUACAAGUUUGGGUUGACAAUUUAGUAUUGGAUUAAGUUUAUGAUGAAUGGACCUUUGUGUAAUUCACUGAUUACGUUCAUAAGAGUGCUAAUUAUAACAAUUACAAUUGUUUACACAUUGGACUCAAUAGAGUUAAGGCUCGUAAGUUAUUAGUGCAAUUAACUUUGGGAAGUGACAAUUAUUACUCUAAAUAAUCAGUUUAGUUAUAGAUCCCAUAGAACUACUUAACCAUCAUUCCAGAAUUCUAUGGUUCUCUUUUGAAUGCUGAAUUAAGUCCAUUAGAAAUUACUGAAGAUUUCAGAUAUAAGAAUACCUUAUCAUUAGGUGAAUCUCUUUACUAUGUCUAUUAAUCAGAAAAAUCUAUACUCAUGGACUCAUACAAUGUUUAUAAAAAGACUGAUUUGACUGAUCAUUACAUUGUGAUGUCAACUAAAUCAUUGAGAAGAAAUGCUGAUUAUUUAGAACAAGCAAUAUACAAAUUGCAAUCAGAAAUGCAAUUAAAAGAAAAAUGCAACUUGCAAACAAAUCACCUUUAAAAUCUCAUUGAAUAAACUCAAUUAGAAUUUUUGAAAGUAGCACCCCCUAGAAAUUACGAAAACAAUUCCAAUUUCUUAACAGUAUUCUCAUCACUCCUAUUGAGAAUGCUUAUUGCUAUUUCUGGCACAGUACCUGAUGCAUUAGAAUUCAUCCAGCUUAUCAUAUCACUUGGUGAUAUUAAAGGAAUCACUGAUUUGGCUUUAUAAUUCAUUCAAAAGAAAGUCAAAAUCUAAAUCCAUGAGGAAUAAUGGAACUAAUUGAUUAUAGAAUAAUUUACAAGUCAAAAUGCUCUAAAGAAAAAGUUAUUGCAUUAAUUGCCAAUCCCAAUAUUGGAAUCACUGUAGAAAUUAAUUGAAUUAAAGGAUGAUGUUCUUUAUGAUGCAUUAGUAACACAACUAUAGAGAAUUCCACAGUAAAAAUAUACUGAAGAUGGAAAUCCAGAUAAUGAAAAGAUUUUAACUUUGAUACUUGAAUUUCUUAUCAAUGAUAAUAAAUUUAGAUUUAAGUUAUUGUAAAAUGCAUUGCCAAAAUGUACUGCUCUAUAAAUUAAGAAUUCAUUAAAUGAAAAAAUCUUAACAAAUAUAUUUUCAAGAGGAAUAGCAUAGCCAGAGAAAUUCAAGUUUCUGUUGGAGAUGCUCUUAUAACCAAGACAAUUGGAAAGUAGAUACACAGAUUGGGCAGCUACACUAUAGUUUAGUGAUCAAAUAAAUAAGAUUUUAUAAAUUGAGAAGGAUAGUUUGAUCUAUAUAUCCAAAUACAUAAUAUACUUCUGUUAAAUCUACAUAAAAGAAAACGUAGAAAAAUUAAGCAUUGAUAAUUUGUUAUUGUUAUUUGAUUUUCUGACGAAGAGUGUAAAGAAGGUAAAUAAAUUGAAAACUAGAGGAACCAAUAAACAGUUGACAGAUUUUGAAGACUUUUUGCAAAGAUAACACAUUUUAAUAUGUUAUCCAGACACAAUAAAUAGACUGAUCCAAUUAUUGGAGAAAUCAGAGAAUUACCUAGCUUGGAAUAAGGUAUUAAAAGUGAUAUUGAUGAUAACACCUCAAUUGCAGAAUGAAUUAAAGAUUUAUCACAGGGUUAUCCAAUCAUAUUUAGGAUGCAAAUAGAAGCUAUUGAUGAAUGAGUUACUCUAAUUCACUCUUAAUUUGGCAUAAUAAUAAGUACAAUAAAACCAGACAUGUUCACAAAUUAUUGAUGCCUUAUUGCCACAUCUGGGAUUGAAUGAAAUAAAUCAUAUUUUCAUAGUGUUUUCCUAGGAUGUAUAACAUAUCUACUUGAAUAAUGUUAACAUUCUACUCAAAUACAUAGGCAUGUAUCUACCAUAUUUAGGAGGAAAGGAUGGCAUCAUGAAUGCCGACAGUCAAGCGAUUCAAUAACUAGAGCUCUGCUAAUCAAUGAUCUAAUUACUACUGCAGAGUGAAUAAACCUUACCAUAACUAAAUGAGAGUCCAGACUUGAAUCAUUUAUUCGAAUGGUUUUGUUUGAAUUGUUAUUCUGGAAAAUAGAUACAUUCUUAUGCUGGCUAAUUGCUCGAGUGGAUGAGCGAAUCAUUAGAUUCACUUUUUGAAUUGUUGCCAUGCAAAUAAUACAUCUUAAAACAACUAUUCAAAUAGCAGUACUACAUCGAUGAUGUGAUAACUAAACAGUAUGAAAAUAAUUAGAUCACUUCAUAUACUGCAUUCACAUACACAACUCAGAUUUUGGAAGUGAUUCAAUAACAAUUUGAUAAGUAUUUAAUUUCAGAUGAUGUUGCAUAACAAUUCUAAUCAGACAUCUAUCAUUACCUAAUAAAUAAGAUCAUAAAGGAGAAAUAAGUUACAUAAGUCUAAUUUUAAGAAGAGGAAUUUGGCAAUAAAAUGAAAGUUUUCAAUUUACCAGGGCAAAAUGUCUCUAAUUAAGAUUGGCCAUUGCACAAGAAAGGAGCAAAGAGUAGAUUAGCUCUUAUAACACUACCCUAGGGAAUGAGAAGUGAAUAUCAAAUGGUAUUCUAAUUUGAUAAUGAAAUUGAAAUCAAAAAUAUUAGAUUGGGCAUUUAAACAUUUACUGCAGAUUUUACAGAUAAAUAAUUGGGUACUCCAAGCAGUAUCUUGCUAGAAGUAGGUAAAUCACUCGAAGAAUUAUACCCAAUUGCUGAAAUGCAAUUAGUAAAUGACGAACAUUAUUCACAAUAUUAAGUCAAAGUCUUUUGCUAUAAUUCUCAGGUUAUGAACAAGCAACAAUUACCUUCUGGACAAUCUGUUAAAUUCAUAAGUUUCAGAAUGAGAUAACAAUAUGUGGAAUAAUUGGACUCUACUCGAACUAUGAAAAAGCUGUGUUUGGGCAUCAGUUUUAUUUCUGUUAUUGGAUACAGUGCAAAUCGCUAAAAAGUUGAUUUCAUUUAUACAUUAUAAGAGAAGACUGCAAUCGAGAUUCUAUCUAAAUUCUGUAAGCCCAAUUAUCAGAAAACAUUACAAUAGUUAGCCAACGAUUCCAUAGUACUCGAAUAACUCUAAAAUAAUAUUGAGAAAUUCAUGGAUGCUCUUAAUUCUUAUUCAUUCUAAUUAAGUCCUUUGAUUUUGGCAAUUGCUAAAUAUAAUCAUCAGGUUGGAGAUUGGCUAGUAUUGAAGUUGAUGGAAUACCCUGAAUAAUCACAUAGUAAAUUACUCAGUUAAAUUAUAUUGGAAGGAGAACAUGUACAUGAAAGAUUCCUGAAAUUACACAACCAUCUAUUUGAAAAACUCUUGGCUCUCCAAAUUAACAAUCAUUAAUAAUAAGAUCUAUUGUGGUAUGAAAAAUUAGCUCAACAUUUCAUUGAAUCUUAUUGCAAUGUUCUUUUAUUACAAAAUAGCAAAUUGAAAUAAAGAGAAUUAUCUUUAAAUAUUAGUAAAAAUGACAUAAUACAUUUAAUUGAAUUGUUUUAAUUGAUGCAUAACAAACACGCUCGACAUUUGCUUAUCAAACUAAUAGUCACAAUCACUUAUCUCCCACAUCCGUAUUAAUAGAUUGAAGAAGUUGAUUAGAUUCUGUAGUUCACUUUGGAUAAGAGUAGAACCUAACCAUACUUCCUUGAAAUUCUUGGACCCUUGUCUUUGGGUAGUAGAGUAAGUAUUGAAUGGAUUGUAAAUCAAUUGGAUUCAAUAUUUGGUAAAUUUGAAUUGAACUAUGUUAUCCCAUUCUUUUACACUCUAUCGACGAAUAAAAUGAUUGCUGAUCAUCUACUUAAAUAUCUUCUCCCUCUUUAUAAUUUGUUAAUAGAAGAACCGACAAGCAAGACAAUCUUGAAAUAAUUGGAGGAUAAAACAAUUGAAGUAGUAGCUAAAUUCAUUAGUUAUAUGGUAUAGAAGUAUCAUGCAAAGUUCAUCAUUGAAGCUUUGAUUCGAGAUAUAGGCAGAUUGGAAGGAAAUAAAGAUAUGAAGUUUGUGAGAUCCUUGUUGGUUCCUAUUUUGAAUAGUGAAGAUUAUGUGUUUUUGAAGAUUCAAUUUGAACAUCAAGGCAAGUAUAUCUUGGACCCAAAGUUGAUUGCUUAAAAAUAGGCUGAUAAUACCUAAAAAUAAGACGAAGUAGUAUUUGAAUCACAAUUACUUACAAUAAAAUAAAAAGAUUAAUUAUUUCCACAUUUAACUGAAACUUAUUGGAAUAAAGUGGCUUAUUAGAAAAAUGAUGGAGAUUCUGAUAUUUUACCACAUUUAGAAGAUAAAUUCUUUAAUUCUACUCCGUAAAUAAUGGUUAUCAACUAUAAAAUCAAUAAUACAGACAAAACUAUUAUUUUAUAUCACAAUGUGAAAUGCAUAAAAUCAGACAAAUUAGAUUUAACAUACACUUGGAAUCAAGGAAAAUUGAAAGUAUUCUAUUACAAUGAAAAUAACUUAAUUGUCAAUGAGGAGAUCGACCUGAAUGCCUUUAUUGAAAUAUAUGAUGAGUAAGGCACCUUAACCUUCUAAAAUAAUGAUAAGGCGUUCUUAGAAUUAGAAUACGUGGCAGGAGAAUCCUCCAGGAUCAAUUUAACAUCAUUAAAUCUAAAAGAUCAGGGAACAAUAGACAACUUAAAAAUUGAAUAUUAUGUCUCUGGAGUUAGACCUUAAAAAUAAAAGAAAGCCUUACCAUAAAUUAAUAUCCCACAAGAGACUAUCAGUUUAAUAUUCCCUAAUUAUGAGACUAAUCAAUCAUUGUAAUAUUAUAGUGCUGUUCCAGUUUACUAAUUGCCAAGCUAACUAAAACUAAGUGAAUUGAAAUAGUUGAUUGUUUUCAACAAGUAUGGAUUAAAAUAAGAAUGCAAUAUAUUUGAAAAAUAGACCAAAUUGAGUGAGUUACCUACAAAUCAAUUAAAUAUUAUUGAAUUAGAAGUCAAUGCUAGAGACUUCAUUGAUAACAUCCAACCCAAGACAUCAUCAUUCACAUAUCCAUAGCAACUAACCAUAUUCCCCUUGUUUGAAGAAAUGAAUGGUGUAAACGCUAUGUUAUCAGUAAUUAGAGAAGGAAUUGGAUUAUGGAAGAAUUAAUAGAGAGCAAAUGCUUGGCUAUAAUUCUUGAAUGAAUUGCAAUCAUUUUGUUAAUUGCCCAAUUUUUUCAAUUUGUUUAUGAAGAAUCAAUUAUGCGUAAAUCUGUUGUUUGAUUUAAUUGCCGGACCCCCAGACUCAAACAAUAAGAAAUUAGAAGAGGAGGAAUAAAAUGCUGUUAAAUUCAUCUACACUACAUUGGUUAAUGUAUUCAGUGCUAGUAGUGGACCAGAAGUAAGAAUAAAGGCUUUGGAAUAGAAUUUAAUUAAACAAAUCUUAGAUCGAAUAGCUUUGGUUAGUAAGGAGACAAAGAGAGUAUUUAGAUAAGUGCCUGAAGAAAAUGUGGUAUAAGAAUCACCUUAGAAAAAUAAUUCAUUGCAGAAAUCAACAAAAUAGAAGAGAGGAGUGGGAUAUGCAAGUGAUAAUACUGGGUAAAAUUAGAAAUGGAAUACCAUCGAAUAUGUGGAGAAGAAAACACUAAAAUCAUAACAAUUGAUUGGAUUGUUGGGUAUAGUGGAAUCAUUCUUUGAUUUCUAACAUUGGCAUCCAAGUGAAGAACUAUUACAUAAAUUAAAGAAUACAUUAUUUGAAAGUGCAUUAUUGCCUUUGCUAGAGAGUGCAUUCAGAAGUGGCUCACUUUUGGAAAUAUCAAAGGAAUUCGAUUUGUAUUCUAAGUAUCUGAAGAUAGUUUAAUCCAUGUCUCAUCAUAAAGUAUUGGCAAGUGUUUUCUUGAAGAUACCAGAAUAAUAUUAUCCUCCUUAAACAUAAUCAUUAUUUGAAUUGUUAAGUGCUUUGGCAGACACAUCCAGAAUUUUUAUGAAUUGCAUAUAAAAUAAUAGAAAGAAGAAUGAAGAAGAAGAACACUCAUUUGAGAUUGCCAAAAUGAUUAUAGACACUCAUAAAAGGAUGGAAAAUUGCAUAAAUAAGAUGAAUGAUAGUGGUAGUAGUAGCAAUGAAGAGGAUGAAACUGAAUAACUCAAGAAAUAGAAAGAAUUAGCAAAUGAAUUGAUCGCAUAGAUUCUGUCCAAAUAAUUACCGGAAGCAUACAGAACAUUAUUGUCAGAUUUGAGAUUCAGUUACAUUGAUAUGAAAGUUGGUGGCAGGUAUAAACAUCAUUACUCAGGAAACAUUUCAACCUAAAUAAAUCAAGAUAAGAUUGUAAGAUUAGCCUAAGAAUUUGCAGACAUGUCAACAUCCUUACCAAUUGAACACACUAAUGCCAUAUUUGUCAGAGCUGAUAAAGAACGUGUAGAUGUAAUGAAAGCACUAGUUAUGGGUGCAAAAGGUACUCCUUAUGCACAUGGAGCAUUUCUAUUUGAUAUUUAUGCUGAUGAUUCAUAUCCGAAUGCUCCCCCUAAAAUGAAUUUAUCUACUACAGGAAAUGGAAAAGUCAGAUUCAAUCCUAAUUUGUAUAGUUGUGGAAAAGUAUGUUUGUCACUCUUAGGUACAUGGAGAGGAAAUGCUUCUGAAAAUUGGGAUCCUAAAAUCUCUACUCUCCUUUAAGUUUUAGUAUCCACUCAAGCUAUUAUCAUGAGUGAAGAGGUGUAUUUCAAUGAACCAGGCUUUGAAUAGGAAGCAAACACAGAGGAAGGUGAAAAGAAAAAUGAGGGAUAUUCUAAUAUUGUAAGAUAUUGCAACAUCAAAUAUGCUAUGAUAGACUAAAUUAGAGAUCCACCAAAAGGAUUUGAAACUAUUAUUAGGAGACAUUUCUAUCUUAAAAAACAGGAGAUCUUGGAGGAAUGCAAUAAGUGGGUUGAACUCGCAGAUACAAAAGAAGCUGUUUAUACUGGAUUACUCAAUGAUCAUAAUUCCAGUUGGUGCAGUGAAUUCAAAAAGAGCAAGAAAGCAUAUCAUAAGAAGUUGUCAGAAGCCGUUAAAGAAUUAGAGGAAGAAUUGAAUAAGAUUUAACCACCAUCUGCUGCUGAUUUAGAAGGAUCCAGAGUUUUAAGGACUCAUGUCAAGAAAUAACCUAAAGUUAAAAAUGUAAAAGAAGGAAUGGCCAAUCUGGAUGAAGUAGAUGUUACAUACACAAAGAUUCAAUAGAAGGAAUUCGAAGCAAAUGAUGAAAAUGUCUUAGAUAGAUGGAGUAGGUACAUUGGUGCUAUGGGUAUGGAUGCAGUCAAGAAAUAGGCAAAUAGUUGUGUUUUGGUAUCUGGUAUUGGAGCUUUGGGUAUUGAAGUAGCCAAAAACAUAGUAUUAUCUGGAGUCAAAAUGUUAACAAUUCAUGAUCAAGAGAAAUGCACUUAAUUUGAUCUUAAUGGGCAGUUCUUCAUCGAAGAAAAAGAUAUUGGCAAGAACAGAGCUGAAGUAAGUUGGGAGAAAUUGCAAUAGCUCAAUUCAUAUGUCAGAGUAAAUUAUGAAACUUCAGAACUCCUUAACAUCGAUCUCACUAAAUACAACAUUGUAGUAGUCUGUGCUACAUAUCCAAAUGAUGUUUUAUUCAAAUUAUCUGCUUUAUGUCGUUAACAUAAGGUGAAAUUGAUCAUAAGUUCAGUUGAUGGAGUCUUCGGAAGAGUAUUCAAUGAUUUUGGAUAGUCUUUCAUUGUUGAAGAUAAGAAUGGAGAACAAACCGUUGAUUAUAUUGUUAAAUCUGUCACUGAUAAAGGGGAUAAUAAGUUGCACUUUGAAAUCACAGGUAAACAUGAAUUUUAGGAUAAUGAUGUCGUAAUGAUUGAUAAUAUAGAAGGAAUGGUAGACGCAAAUGGAAAUUCAAUUAACAAAACUAUUCAAAAGGUUAAAGUAAUUAAUAAAUCUGUCUUGGAGAUACAAUUAAAUGGAUACUCAAAAUACAUUCGAAAUGGAACUAUUAAAUUGGUUAAAGUACCUGUUGAGUUAUCAUUCUAACCAUACAAUCAAGAAUUCAUCGAUAAACCAAUUUAUGAUCCAAAUAUGUCAGAAUACGAUUUCAUCAAAUUGUAAAAUACUGAACAUCUACACAAUCUUUAUAAUAAUAAAUAAACCAAGGAUGAAAAUUUCGAAUCUUUAUUCAAACAUUAUUCAAUCUUGGGAGAGUUCUCACCUUUGUCUGCGUAUCUUGGAGGAUUCGUCUCAUAAGAGGCCAUCAAGGGAAUUACUAAUAAGUUUACUCCAGUUUAACAAUUAUUUUAUGUGGAUUGCACUGAAGUAUUAUAAAAAGAGAUAUCCAAAGAUGUAAAAGUCAGUGAAAGAUCAUUAAGUAGAUUUUUGGGAACUGAAGUUGCAGGGAAAUUAGAGAAGUCUAAAGUUUUCAUGGUUGGAUGUGGUGCAAUUGGUUGUGAAUUGCUCAAGAAUUUUGCCAUGCUUAAUUUAGGAAUAAAAGGUUCAAUCACAAUAACCGAUCCAGAUCAUAUUGAAGUUAGUAAUCUAAAUAGGUAAUUCUUAUUCAGGGAAAAACACUUAAGAAAGCCUAAGUCUUAGACUGCAGCUGCUGCAGUUAUAUAAAUGAAUCCCUAUUUGAGAGAUCACAUCAUAGCAAGACUAGACAAGGUUCAUGACUCAACAGAACAUAUAUAUACAGAUUAAUUCUUUGAAGAUUAAGAUAUCAUUGCUAAUGCUCUAGAUAAUGUGGCUGCUAGAAGAUACGUAGACAAACGAUGUGUAAAUUCACGUAAGCCACUAUUGGAAUCUGGUACUCUUGGACCAAAAGGUCAUGUACAAUGCAUCAUUCCAUUUUAAACCGAAUCCUAUGGCAGCUCUAAUGAUCCUGUAGAAGAAGGAGAAAUUCCCUAUUGCACACUUAAGAUGUUCCCUGAAGAGACUUUCCAUUGUGUCGAAUUUGCAAGGGAUAAAUUUGGUAAACAUUUUUCAGCAAGACCAAAAUAACUGAUUAAAAUGAUGGCUGAAGAUUAUAUUCCCAGUUUAGAAGAUAAUAAACCUUUAAGAGAGGGUAUCAAAUUGUUUAAGAACAAACCAAAUUCUUUUGAAGAUUGCAUUAAGUGGGCAAGAGGUAAAUUUUAGAAGUACUUUGUUAAUGACAUCAAAUAACUGAUGUAUACAUAUCCAGAAGAUGCUAAGACUAAGGAUGGCAAUCUAUUUUGGACUAUGCCUAAACGUCCUCCCAAGCCCAUUUAAUUUGAUCCUGAAAAUGAAAUUCAUCAAUAAUUUGUAUCUACCUUUGCUUUUCUCAGAGCUAAAAUGUUCAGCCUUUAAACAGACAAAGAUUGGAGAACUAAACCUUAUAGACAAUCCAUAGCCAAACAAGCUAAUUUGAUCACCUUCCCUGAAUGGCAACCAAGUGAAGAAAAGAAGAAGGUAUUUAUAAAUUUAAUAGUAAUUUUAGUCUAUUUCUGACAAGGUUAAGGAGCAAGGGUAAAAAGAGGAAGCUGAAGAGAAUGAGUCUACUCAAACCCAAAGCACUUAAGAAGAAACAUAACUGUUAUUUAAAUAAUUUAAAUCGUUAUUGCCAAUCACUUUAACAUCUGAUGAAUUUGAAAAGGAUAAUGAUUAAAAUGGACACAUCGAUUUCAUUCAUUCAUUUGGUAAUCUAAGAGCUGCAAAUUAUAAAUUGGAAUCUAUGGAUUGGCUAACUGUGAAGAUCAAAGCUGGUCGUAUUGUGCCUGCUUUGGCUACAACCACGGCUGUUGUUGCUGGACUAUAGACAAUAGAAUUAAUUAAAACUUUGAAGAAUGUACAGAUUUCAGACAUGAAAAACGCCUUCGUCAAUUUAGCUAUUCCAUUUGUGAAAUUAACUGAACCAGGAUUGGUACCCAAGAAGAAAAUCAAUGAAAAAGUCACUGUUACAUUAUGGGAUAUAUGGACACAGGAUAUUACAAAGUAAACUACUUUCAGAUAGUUGUUUGAAAUGUUGAAUCAAUAAUAUGAUUUGCAUCCAAGAGAUGUGUUUUUGAAGGCUUAACCUGUGUAUAUGGAAAUAAUGUAUGCGAAAAAGGCAGAAGAGAAAAAACACUUUUUGGACCAACCAAUCAUUAAAGUAUUAGAAAUACAAGUAUAACAUAUUGUUAUUUUUUAUUAGAAAUAUGUUGAUUUGACUAUCAAUUUUACAUUAAAUUAGGAGAGCUAAGAAAUCAUCAAGGGAAUACCGUAAGUCAGAUUGGUUUUGAAGUGA